AAAGCUAUUUAAGAAUGCAAGUUCGAAAUUAGACGCAGGAAGGCUCAACCAUGGCCUCCGCCACGAAGUUCAGUGUUAUGGUCAGCUUAUUCAACUGGAUGCAGAAGAGCAAGUCCUCCUCCGUCAAGCGUUCCAAAUUCCGCAAGUUUCUCGACACCUUCUGCCGCCCCAACAACGCCGAUGACUACUUCGCCGCCAUCCGCUUGGUCCUGCCGGCCCUAGACCGCGAGCGCGGAUCCUACGGCCUCCGGGAGCAUGUGCUCGCCACGUGCUUAAUUGAUGCCGUCGGAAUGUCCCGUGACUCUCCCGAUGCUCAGCGCCUCCUCAACUGGCGCAAAGGCGGCCCCAAGUCCGGUGCUUUCGCCGGGAACUUCUCCCUCAUCGCCGCAGAGGUUCUACAGCGGAGGCAGGGGUUGACUUCUGGCGGAAUGACUAUAAAAGAAUUAAAUGAUUUGCUUGACCGCCUGGCCUCCUCUGAGAAUAGGUCUGAAAAGACGUCCAUUCUUUCGGAUCUGAUGCGGAAAACUAAUGCUCAGGAAAUGAAGUGGAUUAUUAUGAUUAUUCUGAAAGAUCUAAAGUUAGGAAUAAGUGAAAAAAGCAUAUUUCAUGAAUUUCAUCCUGAUGCUGAGGACUUAUUCAAUGUGACUUGUGAUCUAAAAUUAGUCUGUGAAAAGUUGCGGGAUCGGAGUCAGCGACACAAGAGGCAGGACAUUGAAGUGGGCAAAGCAGUUCGUCCCCAACUUGCUUUGAGGGUCAGCAAUGCAGCCACUGCAUGGAAAAAGCUUCAUGGAAAGGAAGUUGUUGUUGAAUGCAAAUUUGAUGGUGACCGCAUCCAAAUCCAUAAGAAUGGAACACAGAUAAAUUUCUUCUCUAGGAAUUUUCUUGACCAUCAAGAAUAUGAGCCUGGCAUGUCACAUAUUAUAAGAGAGAAUGUCCUAGUUGACAGGUGUAUCCUAGAUGGUGAAAUGUUAGUUUGGGAUGCAUCUGCAAACCGAUUUGCUGAGUUUGGUUCAAAUCAAGAAAUAGCCAAGGCUGCAAAGGAGGGGCUUGCCAGUGAUCGACAGUUGUUCUAUGUUGCAUUUGACAUUCUAUAUGUUGGAGAUACAAGUGUUAUUCACCAAAGUUUGAAGGAGAGACAUCUACUACUUAAGAAAGUUGUCAAAUCAGUACCUGGCCGUUUGGAUAUUUUGGUUCCAAAUGGUGGUCUUAACUUGCGCCGUGCUGAAGGGGAGCCAUGUUCACUAAUUGUUCAAGAUGCUAAUGGUGUUGAGAGAUUUUUUAAAGAAACAGUUGAGAACAGAGAUGAAGGAAUCAUUUUGAAAGAUCUCAACUCAAAAUGGGAGCCUAGCGAUCGAAGUGGAAAGUGGCUGAAGUUAAAACCAGAUUAUAUUCGAGCAGGGUCUGAUUUAGAUGUUCUCAUAAUAGGAGGCUACUAUGGUUCUGGGCGCCGUGGAGGUGAGGUGGCACAAUUUCUCGUUGGCCUUGCAGAGCGAUCAGCACCAAACACCCAUCCCAAUCGAUUUGUUUCAUUCUGCAGAGUUGGUACAGGACUCUCUGAUGAGGAGCUUGAUGCUGUUGUCACUAAAUUGAAGCCCUACCUGAGGAAAUAUGACUAUCGAAAGAAGGGACCUCCAAGUUUUUAUCAAGUUACAAAUAAUGCAAAGGAAAGACCCGAUGUUUGGGUUGAAAGCCCUGAAAAAUCAUUUAUUGUUUCAAUAACUAGUGAUAUUCGAACAAUAAGAUCCGAGGUAUUUGCUGCUCCAUAUAGCUUGAGAUUUCCACGGAUUGAUCGAGUGAGAUAUGACAAACCUUGGCAUGAAUGCCUUGAUAUUCAAUCUUUUAUUGAGUUGGUGCAUUCAAGUAAUGGCACCAUGCAAAAGGCAAAUGAUAAUGCACUUGUGCAAGAAGAUAAACCAAAACGUGCCAAAUCUUCUAGAGGAUCAAAGAAGAAUAUUGCUAUUGUUCCUUCCCACUUUAUUCAGACCGAUAUUUCUAAAGUUAAGGGCGAAACAUCAAUAUUUUCUAACCUCAAAUUCUACUUUGUAAAUGUACCACCAUUCCAGUCUUUUGAUUCACUGCAUAAAAUGGUGGCUGAGAAUGGUGGAACUUUCUCAAUGAACAUAAACAAUUCGGUUACACACUGUAUUGCAGCUGAGAAUAAAGGGAUCAAAUUUCAGGCUGCAAAGCACCAAGGAGAUGUGAUUCAUUGCUCGUGGUUCUUUGACUGUUGUGCACAGAAGACGCUUCUUCCAUUGCAACCAAAGUAUUUCCUUUUUCUCUCUGACGCAUCCAAAAAAAAGCUAGAAGAAGAAAUAGACGAGUUCUCUGACUCCUAUUAUUUGGAUCUUAAUGUGACAGAUCUCAAACAGAUCUUCAACAACAUGGUCAAGGUUGCAGAUUCUCAAUCAGUGGAGCACUACAAGAAAAAAUAUAGUUUGAGGGAGGAGUGGGUUCGCUUUCUUGGUUGUUGCAUUUACUUCCACAUUCCAAGGCAAUUCAUGAAAAAUAUGAACCACGGGGCACUUUUGGAGCUUUCAAUGAGGAGGAUGAAGGUUGAAGUUUGCAUUGGUGGUGGCACUGUCGCACAGUCUCUUUCUCAUGCUACUCAUCUGGUAGUAAUAUGUGAUUCAAAAAUCUCUGUGGACUUCGACAUAUUAUUAAAUAGUUUCUCGGAGGUUGAGAAGCAACUUUUAGCCAGGAGAAGGUUACACAUUGUCAAGUCCCAGUGGUUGGAGGAUUGCUUUGAGAAAGACGAGAAGCUGCCAGAGGACAGUUACAGUUUGAAGCCUCGUGAUUUCCAAGUCUCUUUACCCGAGGACAGUGAUCAAGCAGAUGUCAGUACAGAUGAACAUCAUAUCUCAAACAUUGGCUCAGGGGAAGCAUCCUCCCAUUUGAAAGACAGAAGCAAAGCCAGGAUUCCUUCGGACAAGCUAAGGGUUGUUAGCUUGCCUAGUAAUGUUGAAAAGAGGAAAAGGGGAAGACCCAGUGGGACAAAAACAAUAAGAGGAAAAGCAGCUGUCAGUCAGUCUCGACGAACCAGGCCACGGAUCGGAAACAAGCCAGCUAAGAUAUGCAAAAAUGAGUCUGAUGAGGAUGAGUUUGUAGAUGAUAAGGAAGAAGUUGGAGUGAGCAACAUAGAUCAUACUGUAACUCAGAGGACACAAGUUAGAGGAAAAGGAAGAUCAGGUUUUAAUCAACCGAGAAAAACAAGGGCUCAAACCAAAUGCAAGCCCGUAGAGAUAGGCAGGAAUGAAUCGGAGAUGGUUGCAGCUUCUGAAGGGCAUGCUAAAGAGGAGAACAUUCAAGGUAGCAGAGCUAAUGCCGAGACUUCUAAGACUGCAAAUUUGAUCAGUUUUGAAUUUCAAAAGAAAGAGGGGGAAAAGAAUUCCACAACAGAAAUGGGUGAUGCAGUGGAGCCUGUGGCAGCUACAGAACUUAGCAAACAUGCACAAAAAUUUGAUGAAGUUGAAUCGAGCAAAGGGAGCUGUAGUCAGAAGAAUGAUCGGGACAAUGCUGAUCCAGUUCAAGCUAUGCUAUUCAAUAUGUUCCCAAUUCUUGCUUCACAGAAAGUUGAAAGUGAGAACCCUUCCGUCUACGAAGACUUCAAAUGCAGAGAUUCUGAACCUAUUCGUAGAGAGGAAAAAUUACCUUUAGAUGAAGAACCCGCACCUGUUGUUAAAAAGAAAAAAGUUAGUUACAAGGAUGUUGCCGACGAGCUUCUUAAGGAUUGGUGAUGUCACAAUAUGUUUGGAUGCUCAUUAGAUGGUAAGCUAUGUUUAAACUCAAUGCGUCUGCAGACCACUUGUGUUUUUUGCCCAAGUUCUUGUAAGUUGUGAAUAAUCUGUUUCUGCCUUUUGGUUACAUGUUUUGCAGUUAUCUAUAGGCUGCUACUUCUAAAUGGCUCU